AUGUCGAAUUCACUUCGCCAAUAUGACCCUGGACCCAAUAUAUUGUAUUGCUCUGUAUCAUACAAAACAACUAUAUUAGCAGAGUACUAUGAGGUUUUACUCCCUGGCUCGGACGAAAUCAUUAAACAGAUAUUAUCAAAGCCGACGAGUGGAAAGAACUUUAUAGUUCAUGAACCAUUGAAGUUCUGUAUGUUAACAACAGACGUGGUCACUGUUAUGACUAUUAUAGGAAUCACUUUUCCUCAAGACAGAGCUUUUGACUUCAUCGAUGACGUCGUCGUCAAUUUCUCAAAACUGUUCAACACAAAUAAAUUGGACACACUGCCACCACGGUCUCUUAACAACACUUUUGCACCUAUGCUCAAGCAAAAGAUCUCUCACUUCAACGAUCUGACUAACGACCCCCUCAAUAAAAUCCAACAAACACUCGACCAGACUGUCACUAAGGUCAACGAAAAUGUCGACAAGAUGCUGGACAGAGGAAAUGAUCUCGACAAUUUACAGGGAGAGUCGGAGAUGCUCUUGAGAGAUUCCGAGAGUAUGUUUAAUAACAGUGUCGAAUUGAAAAGGAAAUUCCAGCGCCGAAAUAUCAAGCUAUAUAUUGCGUUUGCUAUGUUCAUUUUCUUUGUCGUCUUUAUUGGAAGUUGGGUGUUCUGUGGGGUCAGAUUCCAAAGAUGCAGAAGAGCGUAA